CCAGCCCCAGCCAGGCCCCAGGGCUGUGAGUCCUCGCGGUCCCCCCUUCACAGUCAGGUACAGAAACCGCAGGCCAGCCAGGGAGGACGCAGGAGGGCGGAGACCACCCCCCGGGAAGAUACCGUUGCUUCCGGAUCUGCAGGAGUAAAAUCUUCCACCCAAGAAGCCGCCAGGCUCCUCCUACCCCCAAGAAAGGCAAUGAGGGUGAGGCUCCGAGUCUGGCACCGGCCGCCGGCUCCCCAUUCAAUCUCCCGCUGUCCCCGUCCUCUUGGGGCGGCACUUUCUAGCCUGCUGGCCGCAGGGUCCCGGAAGGGGUCUCCAGCUGCGCGGUGCCCCGGCCCCGGGACAAAGGAGAAGCGGGCUGGGGACGGCUCAGGCCCCUGCCUCACUGCUGGGGCUCAGCCGCCGCGCACGUGUCCACAGACGUCCAGUGAAAUCCCACGUGUGCGCCCCACAUAGCCCGGCCUCUCCUCCUUGGGCUCGGGCGGCGGGCACCCACCCCCGGGGACACGUGCGCGGGGCCGAGCACGGCCUCUCCCGCCAGGGCAGCGGCGGAUCGGGGCACCCGCUGGUCCAGGACCCCCCCCCGGGCCGCGAUGCCCUGGCAGCUGUCACCUCCCCGGGCCGCCCGGCCCCGCUCGGAUGGGUGUAGCGGAAGGGAGCCACGGGGCGGACACUCACCGCGCUCGCCGCCGCCGCCGCGCUCGCCUC